GCAUAUAUUUUUUGCAUUUCUCAAAAUAAUAGAAUUGUCAUUGCAAUCGUAAAAUUAUUGUAAAAUAGAAAGCUUUUUUUAAACUCGACAUGAUUUAAUCUUUGAAGAGUCAAUGUAUAUUACUCAAUAUAGUAAUAAUAUAGAGUACAUGAUGGCAUAAGAUUAUAGAUUAUGUAAUUGACAUGUUAAGACACAAAUUCCCGAAAUAAAUGUAGUCGCGAAGCGCGCGUGGCCAGUGUCAUGCCACAAAGUCGAUUCCCAAUUUAUUUACGCGCGUUAAUCUUCAAUGUUUGAUUCGAGACAUUACGUGCUUUACCGAUACUCUUUAUUAUUAAUGUGUAUGUGUACACACACAUAAAAACACAUUGAAAAACACACAUUGAAAACGGAUUAGCGGCGAUGCAUAAGGUAACGUCAGAGAUAUAUACAGAAAAUAAUCAUAUCUCAGAGAAACUUGGCAGUGGCAAUGCGGUAACUAAAUUUGCUUUUAAAUGUCCAUCUUACAUGAUUGAAGCACAAUCUACAACUCAGACACUAAAUUAUGACAGCGAUGAUGAUGUGGAUAUAGAUCGAGACAGAGAAGGAGUAAUUGUUAUAGAACAUAGCCUAUCUACGGAACUCAAUUUAGUCGGUUUGCAAGUGUGGAGAGCUGCUCUCUUGUUAGCAGACUACAUCCUGUCACAUCCAGACCUGUUUAGAAAUAAAAUAAUUCUAGAACUAGGAUCUGGUGUUGGUCUGACCAGCAUCGUAGCGAGUUACUUAGCUAAAGAGGUCAUUUGCACCGACAUCAACGUUGGUGGCAUAUUGAAACUAAUCGAACGGAAUUUUUUGAGGAAUCGUACCUAUAUUAGAUCCAGUUAUCACAUCGAGGAAGUGAAUUUUCUCAAAUUGGAAUGGUCGAAAACGUUGGAGGAAAAAUUACAAAGCGCAGAUGUUGUAUUGGCCGCGGAUGUGAUCUAUGACGACAAAAUUACGGAUGGAUUUGUCCGCACAUUGACAAAACUUUUGUACACAAAAAAGAAAAAAAUCAUUUACAUAGCUCUCGAGAAAAGAUAUGUCUUUACUAUCACCGACUUGGACACCACUGCUCCAAUGUAUGAAGAAUUUUUACGUUGCGUUGAAAAAUACAAAAUAAAUUGGUCUGCAGAUUAUAUAAAUAUAGAUUUUCCACAUUACUUUAAAUACGAUAGAGUUAAACAUUUAGUUUUAAUGAAGAUACAAAACAAUACGAGACCCGUUAUGUAUGCAUAGCGAAUAGUUUUUUUAAUUAGGUACACGAAUAAUAUAAUACGAUAACACGUAUUAUCAUAAUUAUCAUAUUUAUGUUAAAAAAUAUUACAAAAAGUUGCCACAUUAAGAAGUCAAGAUCUCUGUAGACACACACACUUAAUAAAAUAUCACAAUUAAUGUAAAAGUACGAAAUAAUGAUUUAAAACAAGGACAUUUUUUUAUAAAUAUUAGUCUCAAUACAUAUAUGAAUUAAUUAAAUAAUAAAACUUCAGUAUUUUUUAAACGGGAUUCGGCUUAAGCUAGAAAAAUAUAGAAAUCAAUUUUUUCCUUUUAGACCCGGUUUACAGUAGAUGUAGCAAGUCUUUUACUCGAAUUUCUAAACUAAUGUUUUUCUGGCAAAAGGCGCAUUUCUGUAUCUACCUUAAUCUCUAAACUUUAAAUGGAGCUGGCUAGAUUAUUAAGUGUAAAGGUUAAAGCAAGUUAAUUUCACAGCUCAGAAUUUACAAGCAAAAAACUAAAAAAA